AUGGAGCUGAUUAGAACCAAAAUUAUGAGAAGAAUUGAUUGCAGAUAUGAAGCAGCUGAAAAGAUUAAUGGGCCAUUAUGUCCAAAUAUUCAGAAGAAGCUGAACAUUAUAAUUGAUCAAGCAACUAGGUGUUGGGCUACACAUGCUAGAGGGUUGAAAUAUAAGGUUGAAUGUGGUCCAGGAAACCAACAUGUGGUGGACAUGGGCUCCCACUCUUGUUCUUGUAGAAAAUGGGACCUGACAGGCAUCCCAUGUAUCCAUGCAAUAGCAGUCAUGCAACUGCACAAUGAUCAACCUGAACCUUAUGUUCAUACAUGCUACCACAAAUCCACACAGCUUGCAAUAUAUUCUAAUUUCAUUUGUCCUAUCAAAGGUGCUAAGCAAUGGACUCCUGUCACUGAAAUAAAGCCUAUUGUGUCUCCAGAAUUGAGAAGACCGUCUGGAAGACCAACCAAAAAAAGGAGAAAGGAAGCUGAUGAAGGAAAUAAGAAUGAACCUAAAUAA